UGCUACCUUAAAAAGUUGGUCAGCAAAACUCAGUUAUUAUUUACGAGAAAUUUACCAUUUGAGGGGACAAGACACGUUUUAUAACCCUACUUUUUUAUCCUGACUCCCUCAUCCAGGAGCCUGACCCAGUGGCCAUGUCGUCUUACGGGUUGUACCACCCACAUCAGACGUUGACAACGUUAGGAGGACCCCGAGAUUUUUCUGGAGGUGAACAUGAACAAUAUUUGUGGAAUAAGGGAAAUUUCUUUGAUGAUGGUUUGCUUACACGAGCUGAAGUUUUGGCAGCAGUUGAUAUUUCUAAACAGUCUUCACAACAGUUGAUGAAGCAUGAUAUGUAUGGGCAUACGGCCGACCUUGGCGGUCAUAAUGUCACUCCUUCAAGGUCGCAAUAUCAUUCUGGAUUUGGACAUUCAGACUCUAUGUUAGAACAGCUAACAUCAAGUUCCGGUAUGUCUUUAGGAAUGAUGGACCACCAUAAUAAUGUAUCACACGGACUAUCACAUAAUCACCAUCAAAUGUAUCCACCGGUUUAUUCGCAUCCUAAUUCUAUGAAUGGGCAUAAUGGCUUCCCUACUCACCAUCCAGUACAUCACCCUAUGCACGACUCAGAUUGUGACCCUCGAGAACUGGAAUCGUUCGCAGAAAGAUUCAAACAAAGAAGAAUCAAACUAGGAGUAACACAGGCCGAUGUAGGUGGUGCAUUAGCAAACCUAAAAUUACCUGGUGUUGGUUCAUUGAGCCAGAGCACGAUAUGUAGAUUUGAAUCACUGACACUUAGCCACAAUAACAUGAUAGCACUUAAACCAAUACUACAAGCCUGGUUAGAAGGAGCCGAAAAACAAGCAAGAGAGAGACUAGAGGCUGAAAACGGAAGUUUAGCUAACGACAAGAAACGUAAACGGACUUCUAUUGCUGCCCCGGAAAAGCGAUCUUUAGAGGCUUAUUUUGCCGUACAACCAAGACCUUCAGGUGAAAAAAUUGCACAAAUAGCAGAAAAGUUGGACCUCAAGAAAAAUGUUGUUCGUGUUUGGUUUUGUAAUCAAAGACAGAAGCAAAAAAGAAUGAAAUUUUCUGCAGUUACCGGUUAAAGACAGCAUCCCAAAGCUAAAGCACAAAAAGUGUCUCGUAUAUAUAGCUAAUGCGUAUGUUCGUGGUAUAAAUACUGUGCAAUUAUGCAUUGUGACGUGCUCUGCACAAACAAUGACGUCAUAUGCAAAUUAUAAUUAUACCGAACAAACGUUUUGAUUUACUAUAUUAUACUUUUAUACAAGGUGAAAAUUUCUACAAAUUUGCUUGGACAGCAAAUAUAUAUACAUAUAUAGUGUGAACAUAAUUUUUACCAUUUCAUUGUACAUAAACAUAAUUUAAGUUAUUUAUUUAUUAACAUUAUUUUUGUUUUGUUAACUUUUAAACGUAGAUGCUAAACAGUUUUGAUGACGUUGUGAUGUUUAAUAAUACAUCUCAUAACAUGAACAUGUAAGAAAAACUCCAUGAAAAAACAAAUUCAUACGUCAUUUUUCAAUAUAAAAUCUAGUCAUUUAGAGUAUUCACAGAGUAUUCAAUUCACAAUGAGCUUUAAUCAAAAGACAGCGGCGAAAUAUAACAACUAUGUAUAAUGUAAAUGCAUUAAGAUAUCAAAAAUACUUUCAAGUUUAAAAACUAUAAUUGCAGACAUAUUGUAUUUCUUGGUAUUUUUUUGUCUGAUUGUUUUUUGAGCAGAUACAUUUGUCACCAAUGUGAUACAAUAUAAUCCCGUUUCUGUGUCAUUAUUAGAUUACUAACAGACGCUAGUCUCUUAUUCUUAGCUAUCUAAUUAAUUUAAAAACAUGCGAUAUUUAUGUUAUUGGACCUGACGCCUGUAGCAAGUUGACAUUUUCAUGAUAUUUCAUUCACUGCUAUGUGUUUGGGGUCUUUUGAGACCAAUUCAGAUCUCAUAUUAUUGUUUCAAACUCGAAUGGAUUACAAUGCAAGUAAAAUGCAGUAUUUUUAUUUCAUCAAAAGCUGAAGAAGUUUUUUUUCCAAAUGUAUGCCAGAAAACGUCUACUCGUGAAUAUAUGUAUAUGCUAACGGAUUAACUCAAAUAAAAAAAUGGAGAGUAUGAAAAUAUACGUUUAAGGGACAUAUGUUCUUUUAAAUAAUUCGUCGUAUACUUGAAAAAAACUAUUUAGGCUUCAGAUAAAUAUUUUAAAAAGUUUUUGUUAGUUUUGCAAAUAUAUCUAAGGAAUAUAAAUUUGGAUGAAAAUUUAAAAAAAAAGAACAAACUUUUCUUGAUAUUCUUAUUUCAAGUGGUGUAUUCAUAGGACAAUUUUCAUUUGAAAGAUCGUUCUUUGGAAAGUUUUCUUUUUCAAACUGAUGAGUUUGACCGUUAAUAGCGUUUGUUACAAUGUUUCCAAGAUCUGAUUGUUUGAUUGAUAAUCUUUGUAGGAACAAGAUAUAAUUAUCUAAUGACAAUGCGAUCAUAAUGUAAUUGAGAUCGUAAACACAGUAAAUUCAUCACUUUUACUCCGACAAUUCAAUUGUUGACCGCCAUUGAUUUUCCGGAAGUGUGUCCGGAAGCGAUUUCUGUCAUUAUGUUCACCUGCAAUGCAUUAGAACAAUUUGUUACAAAGAGCCAUUGAGCUUUUGUGGUUGUAUUGAUCAUCUAAUGUUUAAUUUUUAUGUCUCAAUUUUUUACGUUUACAAACUAUAAAAUCAAUGGAGUUUUCAUUGUUACUGAAAAAUAAAGUAUUUAAAUGU